CUGGGGUAGCACUAGGGAGGAUCGCGAAUAGGUAUUAAUUAUUGAGACCGUCUCAGCCGUCAGCGUCAACCUUCAAUGCAUGGUCAUCUUCAAAGGCAAGCAUCUACAAUAAACGUGGUUUCCAGCAGAAGGUGCUCCUAGUUGGCUCUAUACAACCUCAGAGAAUGGCUGGACGUCCAACUCUGGAUAUGAAUAGUUGCAGCGUAAUUUUAAACCAAACACUUCACCAUCCUCUGGCGGCUAUCGACUACUCCUUCUUAAUGGCUAUGGCUCUCAUGUUCCUGUUAACUUCGUGUGGCUCUGCAAGGUUAACAAUAUACACCUCUUGUAUCUCCCAGCUCAUGCUUCACAACUGCAGCAGCCUCUGGAUCUUACUCCUUUCUAUGUUCUUAAAACACGCUAUCGCAACGAGAUCCAAGCUCUCUCUGCACUUGAUGACGCAGCACCUCUCAAGAAGGACCUCUUUGUUAUAUCAUAUAACAAGGCAAGAGAAGAAGCUCUAUCAGAGCGGGUUAUACGAGCUGGCUGGCGUGCUGCUGGCCUUUGCCAUUCAACCCAAAUCUAGUACUGCUCUCAUCCCAAGUAACUGGCCGGCCAGUUACUCCACUAGCAGCUAGUCAGGCCUUAACUACAUCAGAACAAGUCUUAA